ACAAACCUAUAGUUAUAUUUUGGUGUUUAUGUGGAGUUUCCAAACAUAUAUAUAUGGUGCAUGUGUGAAGAUGUUGUAGUUCUGAAAUUUAAUGCUUCUUUUAGUCCAUGGUGAUACAUAAAAAAUUUCUGAAGAAUAACGUGAAAAUAAGUUGACUUGCACAUGUCCUUGACUUGUAAUUGUAAACUCCUGCUAGUAUCUAGUUUAUGAUGCCUUAUGCAUAGAUCAGUAAUUUUAUGGACUUACAUUCAUUUUGAUAUUUAACAAAAACUGUAGAUAUGACCUCUCUCAUAAAUUUUUUCACUGUGAUUCCCCCACAUAACUUUAGGCCUCACCUCGUGUUGGAUUUUCUGAGGCCAGAGUUGCAGAUGAAUUAAGUACUACUGUUAAGGGCUUUAUGGUAGGUACUGCCUGCCACUGCUGCUGUCAUCAUAUAAUCAUAAACUGACAUGUUAGUUGGUUUCAUUGUUGCCUAAAUCUAUUGUUCAUGUUACAUCCUACUUCAAUUUUCAUGUCAAUGUUUUAAAACAGACCGAAUCGGCCAGUUCUACCAAUUGAACCGAAAACUGGCCAAUUCACUGGUUGGUGGUUGGUUUGAUUCAUGACCGGUCCUGUUGGAUUUUUGUUUCAGUUUCUUGCCAAAGGCACUGACUGAUUGUGGUCUCAGCUAUACAUGGUAUGGGAACCAAAAUUGAAUGUUCCAUAAAUCUUGUAGCAACCUUGGUAAAGAGCAAUAAGUUAGCUGUGGGAGCAUUAUUAUCAGAACAAAGGGAGGCUGACCAAUAACCAUCAUAGGACUAGAAUCAAUAAAUUGCAAGGUCCCAUCAUGGAUAGGAGGAUGCUUGACAGAAACAACAUAGAAUCCAUCAAAAAGACAAUGCAGAUGCAUGAGGACAUCUUCAAACACCAGGUAAGAGAACUUCACAGAGUAUACAGUGUGCAAAAGAUGCUGAUGAAUGAGCUAAAAAAUAAAAUUAAGCAACAAAAUUUUUGGAAUCCAAUGGAUGACAUAGAAAAACAAUUUUCAAGAGGUUUUGAUCUUGAAAAGCCAGCUGUGGAAAACACUUUUAUUGGAUCAUCACUUGGCAUUGAUGAAGGUGAGGUAGGGACUAGUUCCAACACUGCUGCAUUUCAGAGCUGUAAAUUAAGCACUUUUGAUGAUUUUAAUGAAGAAUUGGAAGUAGAUUUGACACUAAGCAUAGGAGGUAGCCAGCUUAAGAAUUCUAAUAUGAAACUUCAAUUAGGAGAAUGCAGUGACACAACCAACCCCAUUAGGAGUAACAGUGUGACAUUUACUCAAGGUUUACAGCUUAAAUAGAAGUUUAUUAACUUGUUUGUUUCUUUGUAUUUGUAACCUUUCAACUCUACAUGGACCACUGAAUUUAGAUGGUUCAUGUAUUCACAUUCUUAGAUUAGUUUCUACUUUAUUCUAAUAAUAUAAUGAAAAGUUGAUACACAUAGAUCUAUAACCAAGUGCAUUUUCUGUGCACUCCUAGAUAGUUGACUUGAUUUGCAGUACUUACAUUAUUUCCUAAACU